UUUCGAACACGACGAUGACUACGACGAAAAUCACAAGGUUGACAUUGCUACUACUGUUCGCCUCAUCAGUGGCAGCCCAAGAAGCAAAAGGAUAUGGUGUUAUUCAGGGUAUCAACUGUUAUGGCAAAGAAUAUGUCUGCGUUGGCCCAUUAAACUUCAAGCAUUGUGAAUGGGAUGCUCAAGGAAAUACCUACGCUUCGGGUAGCGUGAUACAGUGUCCCCCUAACCACCGUUGCGUGAACGAUGGAGUAGAAAUUUGUAUACCGCUUAAAUUAUCAACAACAGCACCUCAAGCAGCGCGCCUAAUCACCUCAGAGCAAAUACCCGUCAACUCAAUAUCAACUGAAGCUCCCGUAAAAAUUGAAGAAUUAAAAUGGGAAUCCACGUCUGCUAUACCGGAUACCACAACAGAUAUAGUAGUAAAUAAAGAGCCAUCAAGUAUUCCUGUUGACACAACUACUGUCGCAGAUGGUUCAAUAUGGACCACGUUUUUAACAGAGAAUCCGAACUCUUAUAAUACACUCGAGCCGAAAUCAGCUGAUCCCAAUUUUCAGUUUGCUACUAGUGCACCCCUUGAGACAACAACGGAUGCUAUUUUAGAAACUACGUCACUUCAAUACGAAACAACUACUACUUCGGAUACUUAUGUGACAUUAACUCCAAUUACAUCGGAUGAUUCCAGUGUACCAGUAAACUCCAAUAAUGUCUUGGAGACCGGAUCAAAAAUAGAUGACACGCAUAUAGCUUUUGUUACAAUAACUCCGGAAAAUCAAGCUUAUGACACAACCACCUUUAUAAACUUUUCCGCUAAUCCCAAUUCACCAGAGAAUUCUUAUUUGUUAACUAACUCAAAUAUUUCUGAGAAUCAUGAUUCUACAAUGUCUACAAAUGAACUUUCAGAUUCGACAACAGAGAUAUAUCAUGAAACUACAGUAACUGCAAAUUUGGAGAACUAUGUGGAAUUUGAAACUGAAGCGCCAAUAGAUGCGAGUCCUUCAAUAUCUCCAGAGAGCUCAACUGUUACAACACAGCUAAUUUCACUUGACUCCAACACACCAGUUGAUCCGAGCGAGUCAAAUCUGAAGGAUAAAACUCCAGUCGAUCCCAAAACAGCAUCCGAUCCCAGCGCACUGCCAAGUCAAAGCUUACCGGUUGAACAAAACGCCCCAGUAAAUCCUAAAAUUUCGAUUAACUUAAGCGCUUCAUCUGAUCCCAGCGUAGCAGAAAGUCCGAGUUUACCAGAUCAGCACAACUUGCCAGUAGGCUCCAACACGUUAGUCAAAUUAAGUUCAACAAAUCUUAAUACAGCAAAAAUUCCCGUGGAUGAAACCAAUUCAAUCAUUCCAAGUGAUCCAUCUUCUCCAUCUGAUAAUAACAAACCAGCAAGUUCAAGUUUACCAGUUAACUCUAAUAUCCCAAACGGAUUAAGUGCGCCAACUGAUCCUACCACAACAACCAUUCCUAUUGAAGAAUCCAAUACCAUCGUUUCAAGUGCUUCAUCUGAACCCAACACAUCAACAAGUUCAAGUUUACCAGAAAACUCUAACAUCCCAAUUAAAUUAACUGCGUCAACUGAUGUUACUACAACAGCUAUUCCUGUGGAAGAAUCUAAUUCAAUCGUUUUAAUGGCUCCAUCUGAUAACACACCAGCAAAUUCAAGUUUACCAGAGAACUCCAACAUUCCAACCAAAAUAAGUGGGUCGACAGAUCUUAAUACAGCAAAUAUUCCAGUUGAUAAAACCAAUUCAAUCGUUCCAAGUGCACCAUCUGAUAACACACCAGCAAGUUCAAGUUUACCAGAAAACUCUAACAUCCCAAUCGAAUUAAGUGGGUCAACGGGUCUUAAUACAGCAAAUAUUCCAGUGGUUAAAACCGAUUCAAUCGUUCCAAGUGCUCCAUUUUCUCCAUCCGAUAAUAGCAGACCACCAAGUUCAAGUUUAGCAGAGAACUCUAACAUCCCAAACGAAUUAAGUACGCCAACUAAUCCUACUACAACAACCAUUUCUGUGGAAGAACCCAAUACCGUCGUUCAAAGUGCUCCAACUGAACCCAGCACAUCAAUAAGUUCAAAUUUACCAGUGAACUCUAACAUCCCAAUCGAAUUAAACGGGUCAACCGAUCUUAAUACAGCAAAUAUUCCGGUGGAUAAAACCGAUUCUAUCGUUCCAAUUGUUCCAUCUGAUAACACACCAGUAAGUUCAAGUUUACCAGUGAACUCUAACAUCCCAAUCGAAUUAGGUGGAUCAACAGGUCUUAAUACAACAAAUAUUCCGGUGGAUAGAACCCAUUCCGUCGAUCCAAGUGCUCCAUCAAAUAACACACCAUCAGGUUCAAGUUUACCAGUAAACUCUAACAUCCCAAUCGAAUUAGACGGAUCAACAGGUCUUAAUACAGCAAAUAUUCCAGUGGAUAGAACCCAUUCCGUCGAUCCAAGCGCUCCAUCAAAUAACACACCAGCAAGUUCAAAUUUACCAGUGAACUCUAACAUCCCAAUCGAAUUAGGUGGAUCAACCGAUCUUAAUACAGCAAAUAUUCCGGUGGAUAAAACCAAUUCUAUCGUUCCUAGUGCUCCAUCUGAUAACACACCAGCAGGCUCAAGUUUACCAGUAAACUCUAACAUCCAAAUCGAAUUAGGUGGAUCAACAGGUCUUAAUACAGCAAAUAUUCCGGUGGAUAAAACCAAUUCUAUCGUUCCUAGCGCUCCAUCUGAUAGCACACCAGCAGGCUCAAGUUUACCAGUAAACUCUAACAUCCCAACCGAAUUAGACGGAUCAACAGUUCUUAAUUCAGCAAAUAUUCCGGUGGAUAGAACCCAUUCCGUCGAUCCAAGUGCUCCAUCAAAUAACACACCAGCAAGUUCAAAUUUACCAGUGAACUCUAACAUCCCAAUCGAAUUAGGUGGAUCAACAGAUCUUAAUACAGCAAAUAUUCCGGUGGAUAAAACCAAUUCAAUCGUUCCUAGCGCUCCAUCUGAUAGCACACCAGCAGGCUCAAGUUUACCAGUAAACUCUAACAUCCCAACCGAAUUAGACGGAUCAACAGUUCUUAAUACAGCAAAUACUCCAGUGGAUAAAACCAAUUCUAUCGUUCCUAGCGCUCCAUCAAAUAACACACCAGCAAGUUCAAAUUUACCAGUGAACUCUAACAUCCCCAUCGAAUUAGGUGGAUCAACAGAUCUUAAUACAGCAAAUAUUCCGGUGGAUAAAACCAAUUCAAUCGUUCUAAAUGCUUCAUCUGGUAACACACCAGCAAGUUCAAAUUUACCAGUGAACUCUAACAUCUCAAUCGAAUUAAGUGGGUCAACUGGUUAUAACUCAGUUAGCAUUGCGAAUCCUAGCUUACCAGUUGAGCGUGACUCUUCCUUAGGCGAUGCAAAUCAAAUUGACUCCCGGGAUUCUAUUAAUAAGAAUGAAACAAGCCUUUCAGUUGAUCUUAGUGUCCCUAAAACCCCAAGUAACCCAAUCGGUUCAGGUGCUUCAACUAACUUGCCGGUUGAUGAAAUAACAAUUGUUCAAAACAAACCUUUAGAAAAUAACUCGCCGUCAAGGAAUCAGCCAGCUGAACCAAAGGCACCUUCAGAUCCCAAGAUUAUAAGUCCAAUCAGUCACAUUACUUCAACAAAUCUUAAUCAUGUGAGACCAAAUUUAUCAGUUAAUCCAAACACGAUAAUUAAAUCCAAUGGACACCAACCAAAUGGCAUUAAUGUUCCAACCGAUUUUAGUCCCUCAGCGGAGCCAAACACACCUUCUGACCACACAUUACCAAUUCAUUCGAGUAUUUUACGCACUGUCUUUACAGAAUUGUACCUGCACUCUCGUAAUAAAGGAAGCAACGCUAAUGGAGGAGCAGAUAAUGGUUUCCUACUUUUACCAAGGCAAACUGUUGCAUCUAGCUUUUCAGACUUGUCCAAAAAGUCUAUCCCUCAGGAACCUGUAAAAAUAGAGUCGAGUGAAAUUAACUCUUCUAAAUCUGGUAUUAAAGAUGAGGACUCGAUUGAAGUAAAAUCAAAGGAAAAUAGUAAAAAGUCGAAGAGGCCAAAGAAUUCCAGGGAUAAUAAGCAAAAUCAAGAAACAGAAGAAGGAGAAUCAGUUGAAGUUUAUGUUGCUGAAAAAAGCCAAAACAAGGAUACCUCUUUAGAAAACAAAUCUGGAGCAAAUAGUAAAGAAUCCAAGGAUAAUAAGGAUUUGGAAGAGAAAAAAUUUAAAGUUGAACGCAAGCCUGAUGACGAAGACGACGAAAGUUCAUCAAGUGAGCAGAAGGAAAUAAUUAAGAAAAUCGUAAAGAAACUGAAAGAUAGCAAAUGUGACGAAGAUGAUAUUUACCCAGACCCUAAAGAUUGCAAAAAAUUCUACCGAUGCGUGAAAAAGGAUCACAAGACCAGGAUAACUCAUCUACGCUGCGAAAGUGGUGAUCGUUUUGACUCAGACAAACUUAAAUGUGUAGACAAACGGAAGGCCAAAUGCUUAUCUAAAGAAGAUUUUAUAGAAGAGUUCGCUUGAAUCACGUAAUAGAAGCCAUCGUCAACAUUGUCAACAUAUCAAAGAUAGUCGGAAAUUGAUUAAUUAUUAUCCAAUAGAUUAUGUACACGUAAUAUAUUUUCGAAAACUUAACCCUGUAACACUAGUGAUAGUUUCCAAAUGAGGAUCGAUUAAAAAUAUUCAACUGUAAUUACAAA